AUGGCCAGACAGAACUUCGUAGGGUUAGUCGUUUCCCAAGGUAAAAUGUCCAAGACCGUUAAGGUCAGAGUUCAAGGAAAAAUCUAUGAUCGUAGAAUUGAUAAAGAAGUUAUAACCAGAAAAGAUUUCUUAGUUCAUGAUGAAGGUGAGAUUUGUAAAGAAGGAGAUAUUGUUCGUAUUGAACAUUUAAUACCCAAAAUCUCCAAACGUAAAGCAUAUGCUAUUGCCGAGAUUAAAGUCAAUAAGGGGCAACAAUUUGAAUUAUAUGAUUCUAUGGCAAAGACAAGAUUACAACAAGAGAAUAAAUCAAAAGUACAAGAUUUCGUUAAACAAAAGGAAGUAUUCCAAAAGACAGUAAAUCAAUUAGAAGAUUUAAGGAAAUUGGAUCAACUUGUUAGUAAAGCUCAAGAAAUUGCUAAUAAACAAUUUGAAGAAGGUGCUUCUUCUACCACUGGAGAAGACCAAGAGAAGUUAUUAAAAGAGAUUGAAGCUAUUAAAGUAAAGUAUAAUAUCACUUCAUAUCCAACUCCACAAGAAAUUGUUAAAUUGGAAAUUAAUCAAUUAGAUAAAAGUAUUAAGGGGGAUGAAUUCCUUAAAAGAAGUCAAAAUAUUCAAUUCAUAUUGUCAGAAUUAAUGAAUAAUGAUAAAUAUGCUUCAUUUAGACAUAAAGUAUUAAAUGCUAAGGGUAAGAAUAAUGGUAAUAAUAAAGAUGAAAAACAUAUUGUAAAGAAUAUAUUAAGAAAAUAUGUAUUGAAUACUAAAAAUGAAUGUCCUGUUCCUUUAGAGAAUUGA